GGUGCAUCUUCCUUCCCGCCAACAAGCCCCGUUUCUCUGCCCUGCGGAGUUCUUUGUCUAUUAAUACCUCGACUCGAAGGUCUCACAGGUCCUUGCCAACCCUAUCGAUGCCCCUUGAGGGCUCUUAUGGGAAGAAUUGUUGAACUAAAACAUUAUAUCUCCAAUCCUUUUCUAUUGGAUAUGUUUCUAGGAAUUUCCCUUUCACAUACAGAAGGAGAGAGAGGCACCAUUUCCUCCGAUGACAGCGCCAAAGAGAGACUCUAUAUUAAUGUCGGAUUUUUAAGACAACUCAAACAUCGCUAGAGGUCAAAUUCCCUCAAAGAGUGAAAGCAAUGCCCUACAGCCCUACAGAAUGGAUCGUCUUUAGGGUAGCACAAGCAAACCCUGACUUUUCUUUCCGAACCCAAGAAUGAACACUUCCUCACUUGUGAAGUCUUUGUAUCAACACCUGCACCCGUUCCACUGAAUGUCUUUGAAGUUUGAUGUCCUGUUCUUGCAAGACCCUCGAAGAACAUGUUAAAGGUACCCCUAGUACUUGCACUGCUGCUCCAUCCUUCGGUCCAAGUGGAGCUGGGUACCAUCUAUAAUCCGCCACUAGCGGAUGCUAUUCAUAUGGAUAGGCAUAAUCCGGUUUACGAACUUGAGCAAGUGGUUCAGCUACGAGAGUCCACCAGCCUGGAGGGUUUUUCGAUUCUGCUACGGCAAAAGGACAAUCCCUAUUACGAAUGGCUACAAACAAACCUAUCCGAGCGAGUGAAAUAUAACUGGAUAGUGUCAACCCAGCGAAACUUAGACGGUGGAAACGUUUUUUAUCUUCAGAUCCGAGAAUGCUAAUGACCCAAUGGGCCCAAAUCUCUUUUGCUAGCCAUUUCUUCAAUAUCACUAAAAGAGCGAAAGAUCCGACGACGACGCACUGACACCUACUAGCACUAUACCGAUGUGUACUAGCACGACACUGUUGCCUACUACCAUGGCACUGACACCAACUAGCAUGACAGGGGCUCCAACAUCCGUGGGAUAUAGCACAUCAAAAUCUUCGUCUAUCCCCGUCUCGUUACCCACCGUACCCUCCGAUCCAUCUGAAAUGUCAACGCAGGUAAAGGUGGGACUCGGUGUUGGUGUCGGGCUUGGAUGUGCAAAAUUUGCUGGCCCUUCCGGCCGUAGUCUGGUUUUCCCAUAGAUGCGCAAGGGAGUUUCAGGCUAACAGGGCCUAAAUCUAUCUUUCUGGCAGUACUGCCGCUGGAGAGAAGCAAUGCAUGUUCAGACUGCAACAGGCCAGUCCGGUAGAAGCUCGCGGGCACCGAUUUCAACAUGAAUUAGCGUCGUGAUAUGUCACCUACCACUGGAGAAC